GCGUGGUCCAGAGCCAGCGAGACGGGGAGCCUCCCAGGUGGGCUAGAGCGGCCGGAGGUCGGGCCCAUGGAGGAUGAGCGGAGCUUCUUGGACAUCUGCGGUGGUCCCCUGACCCUACGGCGUCGCUACUACUCGUCGUACUGCCGGGAGUUCGGCCUCAGCUCGGCCCGGCUGUCUCUGCGCUCGGUCACCGCCGUCACCUGCACGGUGUGGCUGGUGGCCUACGGGCUCUUCACCCUGUUCGAGAACAGCAUGAUCCUCUCUUCUGCAAUCUUCAUCACCAUCUUAGGCCUGCUUGGUUACCUCCAUUUUGUGAAGAUUGAUCAGGAGACUCUGUUAAUCAUUGACUCACUUGGCAUUCAGAUGACUUCAUCCUAUGCUUCAGGCAAAGAAAGCACCACCUUCAUAGAGAUGGACAAGGUCAAGGAUGUUAUCGUUAAUGAAGCGAUUUACAUGCAGAAGGUGAUUUACUACCUCUGCAUUUUAUUGAAGGAUCCAGUGAAGCCACAUGAGAUAUCCCAAGUAGUCCCUGUCUUCCAGAGCACCAAGCCCCGGUUGGACUGCUUGAUUGAAGUGUACAGAAGCUGCCAGGAAAUUCUGGCGCGCCAGAAAGCAACAUCAGCAAGCCCAUGAGUCUCAGCAUUCAAAACCCAGUAUUGUUUUCAUGGGAGAUGACUCCUAAGCCACAGUUUAUCUUCUGUACUGUAAUCCAUCAGUGGACACCGUCCUAGGAACCAGAAUGGAUGCAGUAGAUCUCAGAGCCACAGAGUAGGUGGCUGGAAUUUGACUCAGUGUUUCAUGUAUUAUAGCGUCUCCUCAUAGGGGUUGCCUACGUUACUAGCCAAAGGAGACCUGAAGAAUUUUGACAUGAUGCAGCAGAUGUAAUGUUGACAAAGAGUACUUUGUGGACUUCCUGAGCUUAUUUUGUUGAAAUUUGUGGAGCCAAGACAUUGAGAAACUGAUAAGAUUUCACAAGAAAAAUAUAAUUUGUAUCUUCAGAGACUUUUGUUUAAAAGUUAAGGAAACAUAAGUCAAGUUUUUUGUAUGGAUUGUUCUAUGUACGAGUUAGCAGGAAUAAAUAUCCUACAAAGAACUCA